ACCAAUAAAAUAGUAUUUUGGCUAAUCCUCCCCCUCUUUAAUUCAUUUUAGAAUUUAGGUUAGACCUAACUCUACUCUAAAAGCUAGUUCAUAGUUCUACUCUUUAUAAAGAUUUAUUUGGUCAUACCUUUAGUUAAUACAGGGCUUCCUCACACCUGGAGUUUGACAUCUGGAGCAGGAAGUUUGCAAGACUAAUUAAACAUCUGCGAGUGGUACAUUUAUCGAUCAUCAAAUAAACGGAUUUAGGGUAUGCUCUCUACCAUCUUAAAAUUCGGGCUAGGCUUAAUUGUUCUCCAAAAGUUAUCUCAAAGAUGAAAUUGUUCUAACCUUUAUAAAGGCUUCUUUGGUCAUAUUCCUAGUUCUACUCAAUGUUAUAGAUAUAGCAUACCAUGUCAUAUGUUGCUUCACUUGCAAAAUUCACAACCGGGACUUCGCACACUUGUUCCAUUAACUUUAAUUUCUUCAUAAUAAGCUCACCCCCCCCCCCCAAUAUAUCAGUCAUUUCUUCUUAUCUCAGUUUCCAUCCAAGGCUUCCCUUUGUUCAUUCUUUUAUCAUGAAUAGUCACACAUUUGUAGAAGCUUCUAAAGACAUGGAGUGUAGCGAUUUUCAUGUUGACAAGAGCCUAGAGAAAAAGAUAAUAAUAAGUUACAAGGAAUGUCUCAAGAACCAUGCAGCUGCAAUUGGCGGCAAUGCAACUGAUGGAUGUUGUGAAUUCAUGCCUGCUGGAGAUGAAGGCACCCUUGAGGCUCUCAAGUGCUCAGCUUGCAAUUGUCACAGAAACUUCCACAGAAAAGAGGUAGAUUCUGACUCCAAUAUCCCUUCUCAACAUUAUGUUCUUCCACUCCUUCCCAUUUUGGCUCAUUCAUCUCUCAACAAAAGUGGGUCAAUUAGUCCUUCUGAUCAAUCUGAUGAGAAGGACUGUGACUAUGGGAUUAAGAGGGUGGAAAAUCCAAAGGAAAAUGUGAAGAAGAGGUCAAGAACCAAGUUCACGCAAGAACAAAAGGAGAAGCUGUUGGGUUUUGCAGAGAAGGCAGGGUGGAGGAUACAGAAACUAGAAGAAUCUGUGGUUCAUAAGUUCUGUCAAGAGGUUGGAAUCAAGAGAAGAGUCCUCAAAGUGUGGAUGCACAAUAACAAGAACACUUUUUCCAAGAGAAAACUCUCCACUACCUAGCUAGCUAGCGUGAGACAAUUUUAAUUUCCUUUUGGUCAUUGCCAUUUAUCCUAGAUUUGUUUUUGUUUGUGUUUUACUAAGUUAUCCUUCCUCUUGUUUCAUUUAUAUUCUAUUUUGAGAGGAUUAUAUAUGUU